AUGGGAGACAGCAUCAAAGGAAAAGAGAUUUUGUAUGCCUUGUUGCUUUGCAUUGACUUUAACUUCAAGCUCAAGAAUCAGCUAGUAUCCUCGUGGUCAAGGGACCCAGGGUAUGAUGAUGGAUGGGCAUAUUUUGUCCCACACAAACCAUAUGAAGAGCAUGUAUUGGCACACACAGAUGAUUCAGAUAUCAGCUCCUGUGUAGGCUUCGUGGCGCUGGCACAGCAGAACACUAGGAAUUCAUGUGGGUUGAGAUAUACAGGAAUAGGCGCGGUGGUCUGUGGUAGAAGUGAGAUGGUUCUAGCAAAUGGUGUUGGAAAUCUUGAGAAGGGUGAAAGAUAUGCCAACUCGGACUUCAUCUACACUUAUGCCCUUCAUCAUCAUCUUCAAAGUUUCCAACAAGUCUUCUUAAUGUUAAAGUUCAUGCUGCUGGUCAUUGUUGCAUACAACAUUGCUUGCCAGUGGUUUGUUAAUCUAUCCCAGCAGAUGGUGUCAUGGAAAGAGAAUCUGAAAUCACCAGAUUGGGUGUCUAUCAUUCAUGAAAAACUCGACUGUAGUUUGUGUUGGGGAAUAGGCUAUGCUGACUGCAAAUGUGUAGAGAGAGUUUGGGGUGGAUUGAACGCUGCUGGAUUUACAACUAAAUCAAUGAGCCCCAGAUCAAGAAUUCUGAUGCUGAAUGACCACAUUGGGCAUCAUAACUGGUCAAAAUUUCUUGGCCUAGGUACAACAAUAUUACGGUAUUACACCCAGGCUAUCAAAGAUCAGAAUCAACAAACUGAAGCACACAGAGGACUAUCAGACUCCAUUGAUGGGAAGCUCCUUGGGAACUGGGAGAAGAUUUCACAAGACAGGUGUAAAUCCCUAUAG